AUGAAAUUGAUAAUUAAUGCAGGAAUUCCUCUAUCUGAUGUUCAUUGUAAACACUCGUUAUUGAUAUUCGGUAGGAUGCGUUCGAUAAAUGAAAUAUUAAAAUUAGAAGCUGUUGUCAAUGAAAUUGAUUUUGGUUAUGAGGUGGGUGAAAUCUAUAGCAAGAAUAAUGGAAUGGUACAACAAUAUCUUAUUGAAUUGCAUCAUAGAUAUGGAGCAACAUUUGAGUUGUAUAUUGGGGGAGUUAGAAGAAUAGUUUUUUGUGAUGUGGAAAAUAUUGAUAAAUUGUGCUCAGCAGCUAAAAACAAUGCUUUUUUGAUUAGAUUGCCUUAUUCCGAAGGGUUUGAUGAACUUGGUAUGGCUGGCAAAGGAUUAAUUAUGAAUUAUAACGUAAAAGCAUGGAGAUAUAAUAGACAAUUCUUCACACAAGCCAUAUUAUCACCUGGGUUUGAUAAUAAAUCACUUGAUUGGUCAAACAAAUUAUUAAAAGAAAUGGAACAAUAUUGGCAACUUUUAAAUAACGACAAUGGUGGUAAGGUUGCGAUCAAUCUCGAUGCCUGGGUUCAUAGAUUUACUCAUGAUAUUAUAUCAGUGGUGACGACAGGCGAAAGAGCCUAUUCAAUGGCGUAUUAUUUAAAUACACUCAGCGACAAACAUCUUGAUCAUCCAUCAGCACUUUUGGAAGAUUCAGAAAGAUUUAUUAAAGGAGUUAGAACUCAUUUUCUUGGCGGUCCGAUUUUUAUAGCAGUGCCAAGUAUUAUUAGACAUUAUUUGCCAAUGGUAAAAGCCAAAUCCAAAAAAAUAAUUGAUAAUAGAGUGUAUUUGAGCGGAAAAAUUGAUGAAUUUGUAAAAAAACGUAGAAAAGAAAUUGAAAAUACACCAUUGGGUCAACCAAUAGAAAGUCAUGACAUGUUAACAUCAAUGCUUGUUGCCAAUACUCCACGUGAUUUUAAUCAUCUUAAAACUGUUGAAGGUGAAGGAUUAAGCAGACCAUUGACUGAUGAGGAAAUAGGUUCUAAUAUGUUGGAUGCACUUUUGGGUGGCACCGAUACUACGGCAAAUUUGUUUUGUGUUAUUGCAUAUUUUCUUGCCAAAAAUCCACUCGUGAAAAAGAAAAUGGUGGAAGAAAUAGAUUCCAUAUUUGGUGACAAUAAAACACGUGAGAUAACACACGAUGAUUUAAGUAAACUCAAGUAUUGUGAUGCAAUCAUAAAAGAGGUAGAUCGAUUGGUGCCUAUUGCUAAUACGGUGGCAAGAUACAGUACACGUAAGGAAGAAAUAGGAGGAUAUGAAUGGCCGGCUGGUACAUACUUUAAUUUGAACGUACCGGCAAUACAUCACAACCCAAAGUAUUGGAAAGAACCAGAAACAUUUAAUCCAGAUAGAUUUUUGAAUGGUGAAAAUGAAAUUACCAAGAAUUCAUUUUUAAUGUUUGGUGCAGGAUUAAGAAUUUGUCCUGGUAGAAGAUUGGCGAUACUUGAACUGAAGAGUUUGAUGGCUUCGAUUUAUAGAAAUAGUGAUUUAAAAUUGGUAGAUGAAAAUGCCGGAAUACCAAUCCAUUCUACGGCUAUUACUAUGUCUCGAGAAAUAUUGGUUUACGUUGUUGCCAGAGAAUAA